AAGGAAGCCCUUGUUAAUCUCAGAUUUAGUGCCGCGACCUGCCAGAGGCACUGAGAAUACACUAGGGGGCGCGGGCCGCCAUAUAAACGAGGCCAAACUUCCAUUUGAUACUUCAUGCAGACUACGUACUUCUUUCUUGCAUUAGUCCAACAACGGCCUGGAGCUCUCGUAGAUGCACGCCCAAAUGACCAUAUAGGCCGCAGCGUACCCAUUCUACGGGCGCAGCCUCUUCCAAGGGCCGUCAAGAGUCUCGUGCAGUUGGACCCGUCCCAUGUUAGCACAAUGGACCUGGAAUCUGCGAGACGGCCCGCGACCAUAAAAGAGCCCAGCGAAAGGAACUCCGUGCCGUCGCGCCAACCUUUCCUGCAUUCACAGAUCUCCACACUCAUCAUGACCAGUCGCGACAGCGACGGAGAUGCUCCCAUUGCUGCCGUCGAGGUGUUAUACGUCCUCCCGGUCUCGACACCCUCCCCCACAGAUGCCACUGGUACAGAUGCUACUAUUGAGGGGUUGGUCGACUCCAGACCGAAAGCCAUCCCUGCUACCAUGAACGUCGACGAAGAGGCUCCUCCAAAAAAUGAUAAUGAGGACACCGGUAACGAGGAGGAUGAAGAGGCAGAGAUUGAGAGAAUAUUUGGUGAUCUAGGUUUUGAAUCACGUGGAAAACCUCAAAUCCCGACUCAUGUGGCACCGCUGCAAGACAUCCCCACUAAUCCACUUUCCACCAUGCCCGGGAAAAUCAAACCCGUUCACUCCGCUGCCCCUCCCGCCUAUACUUCACCAGUCAACAAGGAGAGAAAACCUUUCGCCGAUGAGCUUGAGGGGAAGGUCGUCGGACCAGAAAUGAACGGCCAAGUCAGCUCCAAAUUGGAUGUGAGCAGUCAGGUCUGCACCCACACCGGCGACCACACCGGCAGCGACACCAGCAACGUCACCCCCUCACGGUCCGUCGUGGCACCAGAAGCGACACCGUCAGCAACACCAUUAGCGGCACUGGCGACGGAAUCAUCGGCUAGUCCCGCAACAGCGCCGUUGGCGGCACCGGCGGCAGCAGCGGCAACACCUCCCGCAUCGCUACUAGCGCCAUCACUAGUGGAAUCGCCAGCAGCUGCGCCAGAAGCGACAUCGCCUGCUGCAACGGCAGCAGCUUUACCGGCGGCAGCAGCAGCGGUGCCGACAGAAGCACCAACAGCGGUACCGAUAGAAGCACCGGCGGCGACGUCAGAAACGACGUCACCGGUGGCAGCGUCGAAGACUUCGCGUUGGUCGCAGUUCUUCGGGAGCUGCCUUUCGUGCUUCACUUCAUGCUUCUGCUGUCGCUGAGGUCGGUUCUGAGAGAACGCAGCAGCCUUGCUGAAUUCCAGCUGACGCGUCACCCGCGUUACGACAGGUUUUCACCUGUGCGCAACGUCUUAGUGCAAUCUGCAGAGAUCUCCAAGUACAAAGUUGUAUUCCGCACCUUCUCCUCCAAGAACAUUCUGUUAUCUGCAUCUGAGUCGAUUUGCGGCUGGAUUCGACACUCUGCGGAUGUAGAAACACAGAUGUAGACUCGGACGCCAUCGAAGCAUCUCGGGUAAAAGCUCUCGGCCACUCGGGAUGUAUAUCAUGCAGAAUAUGUCGCAUAAUUGAUCCAAUGAAAGAGUGAUCGCUGGUUAUUU